AUGUCAACCCAAAUUCCCAAAACGAUCAAAGCUAUCCAGGUCGAUAAAGCCGGUGGACCAGAAGUCAACGUAUUGAGAGAGAUCCCCACGCCAUCUCCUGGAGAGAAUGAAGUCUUAAUCAAAGUUCAAUGGACUGGUGUCAAUUACAUUGAUAACUAUUUCCGAACUGGAUUAUAUCCCGUAACGUAUCCUUAUACAGUAGGAUCAGAUGCAGUUGGAACAUUGAUAUCUGCACCUAAAGAUUAUCCAAUCAAAGAAGGCUCUAAAGUAUUCACUACUGCCGGAAAAGCAUUUGCGGAAUACUUGGUCGCUCCAACUGAUAGAGUAGCUGUUCUACCUGAUGAUAUAGAUCCUAAGGAUGGUGUAUCACUUGGUGUUCAAGGAUUAACUGCGUUAUAUCUACUCAAAGAGAGUUAUCAAGUUAAGAAAGGUGAUUGGGUUUUGAUCAGAGCUGCGGCAGGCGGUGUUGGGCUGAUCUUCAUUCAGAUCGCGAAAUACCUAGGAGUAAACGUUAUAGGUACCGUAUCGUCUGAAUCAAAAGCAGAACUAGUGAAAAAGAAUGGUGCAGAUCAUGUAUUACUUUCAACAGAUUCAUCAGAAUCAAACAUCAAGAAGAUAUUGGACAUAACAGGUGGUGAAGGUGUUCAUGCAGUUUACGAUGGUGUUGGAAAAGAUACAUGGGAUGAAAAUUUCGAGAUUAUUAGAAGAAAAGGUACUAUCGUGACUUUCGGUAAUGCUUCUGGCCCACCACCUGCUUUUUCGCCUUUGAAACUAUCAGCAAAAGCACUCAAGGUAACAAGACCGACUUUGCACGCCGUCGUUAAGACUCAGGAAGAAUGGGAUGAAUAUACAUCUGAAUUGAUCGAUAUCUCCAAAAAAGGUAAUAUCAAUUAUGCAGUUCACAAGGUAUACGAUUUCACCGCCGAAGAUGUAGCUCAAGCUCAAAGAGAUAUCUCGGGUAGAGGAACCACUGGAAAGUUGUUGAUCAAAAUAGAUUAA